CACUGCACAGCAAGGGCCGCAACUCCGGUGAGAUCCGGUGCAGUGCAACCUCAGGGGACAUGUUGUUCAUUGUAUCCACUCUGAAGAGUCUGCGGAGAUACAGCAGCACUUUACGAUCAUGACUGAAGAGGCUUUUGAUGUGAUGGUGGUUGGCUCCUGUAUGACUGACUUGGUAAGCCAAGCACCAAGGCUACCCAAAGCCGGGGAAACCAUCCAUGGACACAAGUUCUUCAUUGGCUUCGGAGGGAAAGGGGCCAACCAGUGCAUACAGGCUGCAAGACUGGGAGCCAAAACUGCUAUGGUCGGCAUGGUUGGUAAAGACUUCUUUGGAGACAAUUACAUCCAGAAUUUCAAGAACAAUGGUGUACACACAGACUUUGUAGGGCAGACCUCUGACGCAGCCACAGGAGCCGCUUCCAUCAUUGUCAACGACGCAGGUGAGAAUGCCAUUGUGAUCGUAGCCGGUGCCAACAUGCUGCUGGGCGGUGAGGAGCUACAGAAAGCUCUUCCAGCCAUCAGCCGUGCAAAAGUGCUGGUGUGCCAGUUAGAGAUCAGCCCGCAGACAUCCUUGCAGGCUCUACGCAUGGCUCAGGAGAACAAAGUAAAGACAAUAUUCAACCCAGCGCCUGCCAUCCCUGACUUGGACAGAGGUUUCUACACAGCCUCUAAUGUGUUUUGCUGUAAUGAGUCUGAGGCUGAGCUGCUGACUGGUUCCUCAGUAGCUAAUGUGGAGCAAGCACACCGGGCUGGUCAGGAGCUGCUGAAGCGAGGCUGUGGGUCAGUCAUCAUCACUUUGGGACCCCAAGGCUGUGUGGUGCUCAAGGCACAAGAGUCUACCUCAAAACAUGUUCCAACUACUGCCGUCGCAGCAGUGGACACUACGGGUGCUGGAGACAGCUUUAUUGGAGCACUGGCAUUUUACAUGGCUCAUUAUCCCAUGCUGCCUCUGGAGGAGAUGGUCCGCAGAGCCAAUCAAGUGGCAGGAGUGAGCGUGCAGGCUGUCGGCACGCAGGCGUCUUACCCCUUCACAAAGGACCUACCAGCUGAACUGUUCUGAGAGCAGCAAAUACACAGUAGUGUAAAUGGACCAAUUCUGGAAUGUUUUUAUUGACUUGGUAACAUCGGGGUCUUGUGAAAUUGGCUGCAUUUGAGAAAUCUGAGAAUAAACAUUAUUAUGAAACUGAGAAUUUUCAGUAAUGUGCCCAGUAUUAUUUUAGCAUAAAGCUAAACAUGACUUAGAUUUACCUGUCAAUGUGAAUAUGAUAUCAUAUUAAAUGAAAUGUGCCUAUGUGAUGACAAGCUUACUUAUAGCAGACAAGUAUUUGUUUUUGUAAAACUUGUUUAAUCUCAAUUGUUUAAUUCAUUCGUCAUAUCAGCGAUACUGUAUAAUACUGCUUAACAGCACCGUAACAUGCUAUUCCAUGAUUUAACAGCAUUAGAUCGGCUGUGGUGGCUCCAAUAAAUAACAUCACUUUAACAAA